UGGCUUUCCCUACUCUAUACACCGUGCGUACAAGGGGGAACUCUGGAAACGAAGGCCUCACAGAGCUCGGCCAACCACCUGACCUCCUACGUGCUUUUUGUAUUUGUGCCAAGGUCCGACCCACAAAGCAGGCGGAUACUGUUACCUCCCGAAGCUCUCUUGGGUCAUUAUGGAGGAGGACAUCGACUAAUGAAGCACUCUUGGCGUCCUUGGACCUGAAAGAUGCUUCCUAUUCCCUUGGGAUGUUGCCCACCGAACGGGCCCAUCCAGAGAACACAUAUGCUCCCCGAAGGCAGUCCUCCAGACUUGCCCAUCUGCACGCAAGCCUGGAUGAUACUCCCAUACAAAGGCUGGUCAGUGUCGUCGUACGCUCGCAACUUACUCGAAUGACCGCGUCAAGCGCGUGUCUGGCGUACCAUUGAGAGACUUGCAGUGCUAGGGCUUAAACGCGUAGCGUAGCGUCCGCGCCAUGGAAAUCUGUCUCUGGACGAUCUUGUCGGCGACGAGGACGACACAAAGGAAUCAAUCUCACCAUUAGGGGAUACACUCGAAGCUGCCUGCAAGGACGUAUAUUCUGUCGAGACACGGCUACAGAACUCUCGUCUCAGCUACGGGGUAGCGAUCCUGAUAUCAAUGAUCUUAGGGAAAGACUUAGCCGCAUGGUCAUGCGAUCGCGAGCCAAGGUUACGAG